UCAGGGUUCCGCGGGAAGGGGCGGGACUGAAAGGCACGCGUUGUGCUGCGUGGUGUUUGUGCGGCUAUGUCAGGCAUGGAGGAAAUUUAUGCCAAGUUUGUGUCUCAGAAAAUCAGCAAAACCCGCUGGCGACCGGUACCUCCGGGGAGCCUGCAGACCACCGAGACCUUCGCUACGGGCUCUUGGGACAAUGAGGAAAAUUAUGUUUCACUGUGGUCUAUUGGAGAUUUUGGGAACUUGGACUCUGAUGGAGGAUUUGAAGGAGACCAUCAAUUAUUGUGUGAUAUCAGACACAUUGGUGAUGUAAUGGAUCUACAAUUUUUUGACCAGGAAAGAAUUGUAGCUGCUUCAUCAACAGGAUGUGUAACGGUUUUCCUUCACCAUCCAAAUAACCAGACUCUGUCAGUCAGCCAGCAGUGGACAACAGCUCACUACCAUACAGGUCCUGGCAGUCCUUCCUGUAGCAGUGCUCCAUGCACAGGUGUUGUGUGCAACAACCCAGAAAUUGUCACAGUUGGAGAAGAUGGUCGAAUAAAUCUUUUCAGAGCUGAUCAUAAGGAAGCUGUGAGAACUAUAGACAAUGCAGAUAGCAGUACUCUCCAUGCUGUAACCUUCCUUCGAACUCCUGAGAUUCUUACAGUAAAUUCAAUUGGACAGUUAAAAAUAUGGGAUUUCAGACAACAAGGAAAUGAGCCCUCCCAGAUAUUAUCACUGACUGGUGACCGAGUGCCACUCCACUGUGUUGAUAGACAUCCCAACCAGCAGCAUGUUGUAGCUACUGGUGGCCAGGAUGGAAUGUUGAGUAUUUGGGAUGUUAGACAAGGUACUAUGCCUGUGUCUCUGCUGAAAGCUCAUGAAGCUGAAAUGUGGGAAGUGCACUUCCACCCGUCCAACCCAGAUCAUCUGUUUACCUGUUCUGAAGAUGGGUCCCUCUGGCACUGGGAUGCCUCUGCAGAUGUAUCUGAGAAAUCAUCACUCUUUCAUCAAGGGGGAAGAAAUAGUACUUUUUUGCCUUAUAGCGUUAGUAACCAGACUAACGUUCCCCAGUCCCUCAUGAGCUCGUGGCUCAGCACUGAUCCUGCGAAAGACCGCAUUGAAAUCACCAGCUUGCUUCCCAACAGGACUUUGUCUGUGAACAGUUUGGAUGUUUUAGGUCCUUGUCUUGUUUGUGGAACCGAUGCAGAAGCAAUUUAUGUUACUAGACAACUUUUCUCAUGAAAUUACUGUAAUUAUAAUAAGAUCUCAGGUAAAACAUAUAAGUUAGCCUUUCGAAUUCCAACUUCUAUGCAAAUUUCUAUUAUUGGAAAAUGUGGAGUUUGCACAGGAAGCUUCCAUAAAUUUGUUAAUGUUGAUGCCUACUUUCAGCGUUUGUUAGGUGAAUAGUCCCCUAACAGUCUCAGAGUCUGAUAGAUGACUGAUGGCAAAGAAUUAGAAUGGGUGGAAGAAUAUCAGAGGAAUCUUUGUGCUGAUGAAUACACUGCCUUCAGACACACUAUUCUGGACAGCUUAUGGCACCAGCUUUUAAACUUUGAUGUUGUGGCACUUAAUACCAUUAACCCUCAAGGAGUUCUGGCCUUUUUUUGACAGAUGGUAAUUAUGGAGGGUAUAUCCCUCCUUGGUGGCAUUAACCAAUGUUAAUGUUUAUUCUUUCUAUUACAAGGAUGAUUUUUUUUUUCAAUUCUUACACAUUUUAUUUCCUUAAUAAUAUCCUUUUUUCAGAAAGAACUGAGUAAAACAAAACUAACACAAUUUUUGUGGUGUUCAAAUUAUUUUAAAGGUGAAAAUGUUCUGACAGAUUCCUUUAUUACAAUGUUUGAAGAGACCUCGUCAACUGCUUAGACCCAACUUUUUCUUGAAAAGAAAAUACAUUUCCCUAAGAAUUUUUGCUUUUGUUUAAUUUUACAACUAAAUCACCAAACUGGACAUGGUACAAUAAUAUAGAAUUUGUCAUUGAUAAGUGAGCCAACUUCCCUAAAAUUUGAUGGGUGACAUAUACAUGAGGCCAGUGUGAUGAUAUGUAAGAGUAUAGAAUUGUGCCUUUAUCCUUUUCCAUAUGUUAAUAAUGACCUAAUAUGUCAUUUUUUAAGACAAUUUUAGGAUUGUCUUUACAAAGUUUGUCAGAUUAAAUACAUCAUUAAAAUGUUAAGACCUUAAUGAUAAAUUACUACUAUUACACAGUUGAAGUUUGUUUUCAUUUACUCUGUCUUCUGGUAAUGGUAAUUAUGGUAAUUUUGUAUUUCUGUCUUAAUAAGUAUUUUCAGUUAUUUUUAUGCCACCUUAUCUUAGGGUUUUUUGGUUUUGUUUUUUUUGGGUCAAUAUUUUUAAAUAGAAUACACAUGUGCAUCUGCUUUUGUAUAUAUAUUGGCUCAGAAAUAUUUUAUUAAAGAUGAGUAGUCACUUUGAAUUCCAAAGAAUCAGAGAAGUAAAGAAAUUGUUGCUGAUAGGAAUUUUUAAUCUGUAUAUAGUUUUACUGUCAGGAAUUGUUCUUAAACUUCUCUGUUAUUAUAUAAGUAAAUCAUAACAGAAAACAAUUAGAAUCAAAAAGAAAAUUUUAAGCAUUUAUCUCAGAGACAAUAGUCUUUUCAUACACUUUUUUAUCUAUCAAUGUGUAUAAUUUUGCUCUAAAAAUGAAAUAAAUCAUACAUAUUUGUGGAUAUACAUUCCCUAGCGGUAAACAUGUAUAUUUAAUAAUAAAAACAUAGCUAUGAAUUUUCCUUCAACUUUAUAUUUCCCUCUGUAUGAAUGUCUUAACGCAGCCUAAGCUGCAGUGUCGCCUCUCUUCACCAGUAUAGGCACCUCCCAUUCUACUCUACAGGCUAACAUUCUUGCUCUGAGUGGGCCCAGAGUCAUUCUCACCCCAGAAGACCCUAGCUCCCAGGUGGCACAUCUUCUACCUUCUGUGAAUGGCAAGCUUGUGCCUUUCCUUUCAUCUGCAUUAUCUGGUGUUACAAAAUUUGAAGGUUUCACAUAUGUUGUUAGCACUCUUCUCAAUUUCCAACAGCAAUAUACACAAUUUUCCUUGAUCAUACAGUAAAUAAUUAGAGUAGAGCAAUGGAGCCAGACAUGUAAGCUUGGAAUACCAGCUUGGACUGCAGACAAGUUUUAAGUUUAAGGUUUGCUUUGAUUUAGGGGCAUUUGUAACCAUGAGUAAAAUAAAGUAAAUUUGAAUAAUGUUAUAUUUCCUAUCAGUAGAUGAAUUCUGCCAGAUUUAAUAAGAUACAGGAAUUUUAUGUAGUAUAAAUAAAACCUUAAGUUAGGAAUUUUUCAUUGUCACUUAGCGCCCUUAUUCAUGAAACUAUCAAAUAUUUUCUUUUCAGAGCUUUUGGAUCUCAGAGAUGAAAGAUACUGGGAGGGCAUCUCCAACCUAAGUUUAAUCAUCAUUUUCACAGCUUUCUGAACAAAUUACCAUCCAACCUCUUUCUCAACAAAUUUCACUCAACUUGAAAAUGUACUAUGUUAAAGUAUCCCAUUUCUCCAGCCUCCCCUCAUUUGUUCAGCUUUAAUUGAUACAGCAUUAUGGCAGGGUUUUAGUCUGUGAGUUUUAUCCAAAAUAAUCGUGUAAAAAAUGCAGAAUCAUGUUAUUGUGGGUUAAUGAAAUGACCAUGUGAACCUACUAUGAGAGAGCCAAUCACCAAUUUAUUGAAUUUGCUUUAUGUUGGGGUGCUUUACCAUAGGGUCUCACCAAAUAAAUUUUCAUGAAUGAGAUUUACUUCCAUUUGUCUUCUUCAGGAGCUACACAAAAUUUAAUUCCUUUAAUUAUGUACUCAAAUACUCAAAACUACAUAUUGUAGCUCUUUUAGUGUAAACUUUUUAAAUCCCUUCAAUGGUUUCUUGUGGGCAAGGUUCCUUUCCCAGCCUUUCAGGCUUUUCUUGGCCAAAUCAUGCUCACCCUUCUGUACUCCUGUUAGGUGUCAUUAUCACAAGAAAGCCUUCCCUGGUCUCUUGAUAAUCUGAGCUAAAAUGUAUUCUGUUUCAAAAGCCUAUUGUGUAGCAUUUAUAGUGUGUUUAAACAGCGAUGUGUUAAGCACCCUGUCUCCCUCUACUGUACCACAAGACCAAGAACAGGACCCACAUCUUAGUGUUGUAUUAAGGUUUAUUUUAACACAGUAUCUGAUCUGCAGUGAGCACUGAGUCAGUGUAAACCGAACUAAACUCACAAGCUUGUUUUUCCUUUAAAAAAUACUCCCAUUUGCCAAAGACCAUCAUUAAAGUGUGACUUCCAAAAUGAA